AACUGCCUUGUAAGAAAUAGUACCUGCAUGGAGGUGAGUUGGCUGCAGGUUUCCACGUGGACUCCUUCUGCUCCAAGCAGUCUUCAUGUCUCUUCAGACGUUUUUUAUCAGAUGGAUGGAAGCCUGCUCCCUGUGCUUCGGAUAGAGUGGAAAGUGGCCACUGAUGCCAGCAUCCGGUAUUUGCGAGGGGCAGAGCUGGCUGUGAUGCAAGUGAACAGCAAUCAACAGAUCUGCGCCCAGUUUGACUUUCAGAACAAUUUGCCUCUUCAGGUCCGUCCAGAUGGAGGCCGGUGGAAUUUCACUUUUGACCGUUUUGAAGUGGAACCUGGUCAGACUUACCAAGUGACUGUCUACCACCUGCCCAAACUGAGUGUAGCUGGAGACUACAAUUGCAAGUCUACAUCUCUCACAGUGCCUGACUGCAAGGACUCUCAAAUGAAAAGAACCAUCCCAUGUAUAAAGACAGGCAGUUUGUGGGAGCCCAGGAUCCAAGGUAAAAGUCUGGAUGAUACAACUCUGCUUGUGAGCUUCAAUCCAUGGAUGGAGUCAGCCCGAUACCAAAUUCAUGUGGCCAGUUUCCUGAAUGAGACAAAGUGUAAAAGGAUCACACGUGAUUUAACUGAGGGUGGGCUUCAGCAGCAAGUGAAUGUCACAAUCAAAAUAGAGAAGAACAUAAGAGCUUGCUGCAACUAUGAAAUACAGAUUCAGCCAUUCUUUGCAAACUGUGGCACAGACUGUCUGAGACACUCUGCUUUCAUCCCGUGUUCACCAGCACCAACUACAGACCCAUCAGGUGAUAUGAUUAUAUGGCUCUACUGGUGUAUCACUGGGAUCAGUGUGUUACUGGUGGGCUCUGUCAUAGCAGGUGUGGUUUGUAUGACCAAAAAACGAGCAGGACACCAGCGAAGGAAAUGUAUCCACAAUUAUUUGCAGAAUGCAGCACCAUAUACUGACCUUCCUCUGUCACCCUUGAAGCCCCGGAAGGUUUGGAUUGUGUACUCUGCUGAUCACCUGCUGUACGUGGAUGUGGUGCUGAAGUUUGCAGAGUUUCUGAUGACAGUCUGUGGCACUGCUGUAGCCUUAGAUCUACUAGAAGAUCAUCAGAUCUCAGAGUUAGGGCCCUUACCCUGGCUUACUCGACAGAAGAAGGAAAUGGAAGACCUGUCUUCGAAGAUCAUCAUCUUAUGUUCACGAGGCACCCAGGCCAAGUGGCAAGCCAUGCUGGGGUGUGAGCCUGUGUAUCUCAAGCAAGAUCAACAAAAGCCAAUGGGAGACCUGUUCACCCCAGCCUUGAAUUUGAUCCUGCCAGAUUUCAAGAAGCCAGCCUGUUUUGGAAUGUAUAUAGUCUGCUAUUUUGAGGGGAUAAGUAGUGAAAAAGAUAUACCUGAUCUCUUCAACGUCACCUCCAGGUACCAGUUGAUGGACAAGUUUGAAGAUAUUUAUUUUCGGAUUCAGGAUCUGGAGAAGUUUGAACCUGGGCGCAUCCAUCGAAUCCAGGAAAUCACAGCUGAAAAUUACAUCGAUACCCCUAGUGGGAGGAAGUUGAAAGAGGCAGUACAAAAGUUCAAGAACUGGCAGACAGAGCACCCAGACUGGUUUGAGGGUGAAGCUGUCUGCCUGGAUAAUGAAGAAGAGUUGCAGUCCCUGAACAGAGAGAGCCAAGUGGUUUCGCUGCAAAGUGAACCAGGUGGAAUUGUGAAGAACCAGCUGCAGCUGCGGGAACCGGACCCUAACUGCUGUUAUGUCAUCGACCUGCACAUGCAUGAAGAUGAAAGUAGAGGCUGUAAACUGCAGCCUCAACUUAAUCCAUGUGGGGAUCCAGCUUCUCAGACUAUGGUCCUUCCUAUGGAUGAGGCUCCUCUAGUUCAGGUAGUCGAGCCAGUCUCUUCCAUGGAAGAUAGGAACAUACUUAGUCAUCAUGUGCUGAGUAAUGAGGACUGUAUGGAAGGAGCUCCUCUUCUGGAGACAAGCUUUCCAAUGAGGAAUAACAUCAUCCUCCAUGAUGACUCUGAAGUUUCAGAGAUAGAUGACCAGAGUCACCUCUCAGGUGAACUGAGACACCAUCUGAAUGGACUCAUGUACUCUCUUUAUCAGCAGAGUGUCAUUCCUUCACAGCCAUCUCUCUGCCAAGAGGAGGCUGACAAGCAACACCAGUUGGUCUUUGAUGACCAAUGCAAAGACCAAAGACAGUCAGUGCAGUCAGACCAGGGCUACAUCUCUAGAUGUUCUCCUCUGCCUCCUGACGACCUUGUAGAGGAGGAGGAGGAAGAAGAAGAGGAGAAGGAGGAUCAGGAAAAUCAGGUGGUCUUCCAAGAACUCUCCCCAGAGGUCUUGAACAGCCUAAAGAGCCUCCAGCAGCAACUAUUUUUCCAGGACAUUCAACGAAGGUCUGACUGGGGGUAUCCAGCUGAGGUGAUGGACAAUGGCCAGUCUUUGGAGGACUGUUAG